AUGACCACCAAGAAGCCCAACAUCCUGUACAUCAUGGCCGACCAGAUGGCCGCGCCGCUGCUUUCGCUGCACGACAAGAAUUCCCCCAUCAAGACCCCCAAUCUCGACCGUCUGGCUGCCGAGGGGGUUGUCUUCGACUCGGCCUAUUGCAAUGCCCCGCUGUGUGCUCCCUCACGCUUUGUUAUGGUCAGCGGCCAGCUGCCCUCCAAGAUCGGCGCCUACGACAACGCCUCCGACCUGCCCGCCGAUACGCCCACCUACGCCCAUUAUCUGCGUCGUGAGGGCUACCAUACUGCUCUGGCGGGCAAAAUGCACUUCUGUGGUCCCGAUCAGUUGCAUGGCUACGAGCAGCGUCUGACCAGCGACAUCUACCCGGGUGACUACGGGUGGUACGUCAAUUGGGAUGAACCGGAUAUUCGAGCCGAUUGGUAUCAUAACAUGUCUUCUGUCAUGGAGGCCGGACCGGUGGUGCGCACCAACCAGCUUGAUUUUGACGAGGAGGUCAUCUACAAGUCCACCCAGUACCUGUACGACCAUGUGCGUCAUCGCACCGGACAACCCUUUUGCCUGACCGUCUCCAUGACUCACCCCCACGACCCUUACGCCAUGACCCAGGAGUACUGGGACAUGUAUGAAGACGUGGACAUCCCGCUGCCCGAAUUCCCCGCCAUUCCACACGACCAGCAGGACCCCCAUUCGCAGCGCGUCCUCAAGUGCAUCGAUCUCUAUGGCAAGGAGAUGCCCGAGGAGCGCAUCAAGGCCGCCCGCCGCGCGUACUACGCCGCCUGCACCUACGUCGACACCAACGUCGGCAAGCUGCUCAAGGUGCUGGACGCCUGCGGCCUGCGCGACGACACCAUCAUCGUCUUCACCGGCGACCAUGGCGACAUGCUGGGCGAGCGUGGCCUGUGGUACAAGAUGAACUGGUUCGAGAACUCGGCCCGCGUUCCUUUCAUCGUCCACGCCCCGUCUCGGUUCACCCCCAAGCGCAUCCCGGAGAACGUGUCGACGAUGGACCUGCUGCCCACCUUCGCCGAGCUGGUCGGCGCUCCCCUCAUGGCCGAGCUGCCGCUCGACGGUGUCUCGCUGGUGCCCUAUCUGACCGGCGGCGAGGGCCUCAAGACCGACACCGUCUUGGGCGAGUAUAUGGCCGAGGGCACCCAGGCGCCCAUCGUCAUGAUCCGUCGCGGUCGCUGGAAGUUCAUCUACUCGCUCAUCGACCCACCCAUGCUCUUUGAUCUGGUCGCCGACCCGCAGGAAAAGGUCAACCUGGUCGCCGGUCUGCCGGACCCGUCGCGAGUCAAGGCUGCCGGUCCGCCUUUCAAGUCGGCCUCGGCCUCGGCCGCGACGCUGGCCAUCAAUGCACACCUCCCCACGCCCGACGAGACGCCACACGUGUCGCCCGUGCCGCAGCGUGGGGUCUCCUCGUUCCCCUUCCCGACGCCGCCGCGCACCCCGAGCCCCGCGAAGCUCUCCUCGCCCCUCCCGGAGACCUCCGACCCAGUCAAGCUGCUGGCCUACUUUGUCGACGAGGUGCACGCCCGGUGGAACCUCGAGCAGCUCCACCAGGACGUCUUGCGCUCCCAACGCCGGCGGCGCCUGGUCUACUCCGCGCUCAUCAAAGGUGUCCCGGACAUCUGGGACUAUGAGCCGCGCAUCGAUCCCAGCACGCAGUACGUGCGCAACCAGGGCAAGGGGGCGCUCGACGACGUGGAGAUGAUCUCGCGCUGGCCGCGGAUCUUGCAGCAGGCUGCCAACGGCCAAGUUUGA